CAGCUUUCUGUUGCUAGGUUACAUUUGAGACACUGAGUAUUCUAGUCUCCUUGCUUUGCGUUUCCUGUGGAUGCUGAGGCUGUAUAGGAAGAAACAAUGGAUCAAAGUGGAUCUCUUUGCUGUCCCUGACACACAGUUACCUAAAAGCUUAAAGUUUGUGGGAUUCAGAUCUUCUCUUCUAGAACUGCAUUGGACAAUUUCUCCAGAUUUUCUGUUGCCUAAAACAACUGCAACACAAACAAGAGCAAGACUUUUGCAAUCAUGAUGCACACAAGAGCUUUCUUACUGCUGGAAAAAGAGUAUAUGGAGUAUGAAGAGUCUAACGUCUUUGGUAUUUCUAUUACUCCUGUGGGAGACAACUUGAUGGAGUGGAUAGCUGAAAUAGAAGGACUGAAGGAUUCUCUAUGGGAAGGAGCUGAACUCCAACUAUCAUUGCAGUACAAUGAGAAUUACAACAAAAUCCCUCCACAAGUUAAUUUCAACACCAUUCCUUUCCAUCCCAAUGUGGAUCCACAAUCUGGGAGACCUUGCGUGGAUUUUCUAGAUGACCCUUCCAAGUGGAACCCUAAAUAUACAAUGUUGAGUAUACUACUUAGCAUUCAGGUUAUGCUGUCUAAACCAGUCUUGAAUAAUGCAGUGAACCUGGAGGCGGCCAAAAUGAUGCAGAACAAUUAUCGCCAGUAUAGACAAAGAGUUAUACAGUGUGUCAAAGCUAGUCAACACAUAGAAGAUAUUGUUGAAAGUUUAGGCACGCAUUCUUCAGCCAAAGUUAUUCCUCCAACUGAAGAAAGUGGUGAUCGGAGUCAAGCGAGAAAGAUUACGGCCAUAUCAUAUGAAAAGUAUUAUUCAACAUGGUUUAGAAUUGCCACAUCAAAAGCAGCUCAAGAGUUUAAAACCCCAGUGUUUGAUGACCCAGACUUCAUAGGAAACCACCUUGACUGGACAGUAGAGAAUGUGAGCAAAGGAGAAUGGGAUAUUGAUCUUCAUCGACAUAUUAUCUCUGGAAUUAUUAAAAGACAUAAGAAACAGAAAUUGACAGAAAGCAGGGCAGGCAGUCACCUUAUCCCAAGCCCAACUCCAGCAACUCGAUCUCUAACGGCUUCAGGAAUGAGGAAGGAAAACAGCACCCAAGAUGUUGAGCCUUGGGAAAAGGAAGUAGAAGAUCUAAUAAUGUGGUCUGCAAGUCUUGAUCACAGAAGAUGGAACUGAACUGUGACCCCCACCAGUGAAAUGUAUUCUUAAGAAAAACAACAAUUCACUAUAAUCAUAAUUCAGACCAUACAUAUGUUAAUCAGAAAGAUAAUUUAAUUAAUUGAUGGUUGCCAGAAAGCUGCCGUUGUCUCAAGGAUGGGCAACUUCUAAAGGUCUUGAGACAACAUUUGUUUCCACCAGAAUCUCAAGAAAUCUGCUCUUUUUAUUAAUUUGAGAAGCUGCCUUGUGACUUCUCUGGGCUCAGGGGAGGCGCUAUUGCUUUAAUCCCAGGUGGGUUUUUUUCCAAAGGCAAAUUCUCUCUUACACAUUAGUGUCACACAGUGUUACAUUAGUCACUGUUCUGACCACCCUUUUGCUUUCUGUACACAACAAGGAUGGAUAAACUCAUCAACGUGUCAUGAUUGGACAUAUAUAGUCAUGCCAUCCCACCCAGCUCUCUGGGUGGUAGAAAGUGCCUCUUGCCAUGUGUUUGCAUAAUGCUUUGUAUGGGUGGGCUGUGAUCUCAGCCAGAAUUACCAGAAACGACUGGUAUUUUUAACAUGACCUUUUACUCAGUCCUCCAAUCAUCCCAAUACUCUGCCCAACACAAGGCCUUUGUAGUGAUGCUUCCGAUGGGAUAAAUGCUGCUGAAGAGUAGGCUAGCAGUUCAAAGUUUUAGAAGACAGUAUUAUCACAAUUUUCUCAGUUCAAAGCUAUACAAGCUCUUAAUCACCACUUGGCUUUAUACAAAUGAUUAGUAACUCUAUGAGCAGAGCCAGGCUUUUCCAUUCAGUGUGUUUUUAUAGGCCCAGUGCUGCCACAGGCCCUUUUUAUGAGUUCUAGGAUCAUGAGGCUUAAAGAGGGGACACAGCCAGGAUUUGGAUGUGGGAGGAACAAAGUAUCGAGCAUAACAAAGUUCCACAUGCACAUCUGGGACCAUUUAGCAAGCAUGUUCUUUGUUUUCAGAGUAUUUCAUCUGGCUGUAGGCAAGCAGCAGCUUCAGUGAAUGAAAUCCAGCAUUGCAAUUGUGAAAAGAAAACGUUACUGGAAAACAUAAGACAUUUUAGUGACCUCUGGAUUGGCCCAAUAAAGGUGGUAACAUUAAUACGGA